AUGAAUAAUAAUUCUAAUAACUACAACAAUAAUUACAAAGUUUCCAAUAGUAGUAUUAAUAAUACUAACAACUUUCAUAGUAAUAUUAGUAAUAGUUAUAAUAGUAAUACUAAUAUUUCUACAAAUAUACGUGACAAUUAUAAUAGUAAUGUUGAUAAGAAUAUCAAUAAUAAUUUUGAUGAUAAUAUUACUUCUCUUCAUACUCCUACUUCGAAUAAUAAUAGUAAUAAAUCAAAAGAUUCAAAAGAAAGUGAGUUAGAUCAUAUUCAAAAUGAAAAUGAAAAAAAUGGAACUAAUGAAAAUAAACAUAAAACUCAUAUAGAAACGCUAAGAAAACUAAAAUCAAAUCAAGAAAUUAAUUUAAAAAGGGGAGACGAAAUAAAUAAAAAUAUUUGUUUAUUUAUUUCUGAUGACUUAAUAUUAAAAAGAAACAAUGAAGUUCUAAAUGAAUUUAUAAAAAAAUUAUCUAUAAAUACUUUCAAUUUGUAUUUUCCAAAAUAUUCAAAUAAUUAUAAUCAAAUUCCAAUGGUUUUACUUUUGUUGAGUGGAGAAAUAGAUGACAUAUUAAUUGGUUUAAAAUAUUUGACUGAUAAUAUUGACCAAAUCAACUUUUUAGUGUUAAACUUUUUAAAUAAAUUAAAAAAAAAAAAAAAAGUUAAAAACAAUCAAGUAAUUUUAUAUUUAAUUGAUUUUGUUUUAAAUAAACUAUAUGAAAAAAACUUAAAUUACCGUUACAAAAAGACAUACAUAUUAGACUUUUAUGAUAAUCUAGUGUAUAAUAAAAAAACAUUUUUUGAGCCAGGAAUAUUUAAUGAUGCUAUUGACAUAAAAGAUUUAAGGUUAAUAUAUUUUUACAAACAUGAUAUAAAAAUAAAAAAGGAAAAAAGUUUUAUUAAAAAGAAUCAUUUAGCUAAUAAUAAUGACAUGAGUAUCAAUGAAAUGUAUGCAAUGAAUAACUUUAGUAUUAAUAGUAAUUUAAUCAAACAAGAUUUUCUAAUAAAAAAUAGUGCAUACGACUUAAAUUUUAAAUAUUUUAUAAAAAAAAAAAAAAAGUUGGUUGGUGAAAUACCUGUGCCUAAUAGAUACAUUGGGUUGUUUAAGUGCUUUAAAGAAAACUCAAUAUUUGAUUGUGAAUAUUCCAAUAUUUUUUUAAUGAAUAAAAAAUUGUUCACUAAUAUUAAUAAGUGCGUCAAAAAAUAUAUAAAUGAUAAAAAAAAAUGUAGUAAAAAAGAAAAUGAUAUUUGCAAUUGCAUAACUAAUAUAAUCGUAAACAUAAACAGUGAUGCUAGACUUCGUGAAAUAGUUAAUACAGCUAAAAAUGAAGUUAAAAAUGUAAAAAAUAUUUUAAUAAAAAUAAAAAAGAUUGAAAAUUUAGUAGACAAGUUAAUUAAAUAUGAUAACGAAAAUAUAAUUAUAAAUGAAGAAGAAAAAAAAAAAAACUAUCAAGGAAAAGGAGCAAAAGAAGAAGAAGAUACUAAAAACGAUAAAAAAAAUGAAUAUGAUGAAGAUAAUGAAAAGAAUGAAUAUGAUAAAGAGAGUGAAGAUGAUAAAGAAAGUGAAGAUGAUAAAGAAAGCGAAGAUGAUGAGGAAAGUGAAGAUGAUGAGGAAAGUGAGAAUGAUGAAGAAAGCAAAGAUGAUGAAGAAAAUAAAAUUAAAGAAGACAUAAAUCAAGAAAGUACUGAAUAUUGUAAAACUACUGAAAAUUAUUAUAAUAGAGACAAUAUUCACAAACAAGAGAAUGAAAAAGAAUUAGACAUUAUUGAUAGAAAAGAUGGAUUUAUCAUAAAUAGUAAAGGAAAUUCAGUUAUAGCAAAUUACAAUAAAAGUAAUAAGUACAAAGAAAGUCAAAAAAAAAACAAAAGAAAAUAUUGCGAAAUAGAAAAAAAUAGCUUAAAAGAAAAGAGUAAUGAUUCUAUAUUUAAUAAAUCAAGUAAUUCUUUAUCAAAUAAAAUUCAUGAGAGAACUUUUUCUGAAAUGUUUUCCUCUGAAGAAAAGAAAAAAAAAAAAAAAAUGGAAAAUUAUGGUGAGGAUAGUGAAAGUAUAAAAACUUUCUAUUUUGAAAAUUUUGACUUUAACUUUGUUUUACUUGGAAGUGUAAAAAAAGGAUCAGAUAGGCAUAAAUCAUUAUUGUUUAAAGUGUUAUGCGAUUCUUUGGAUAUUCCUUGUAGAUUCGUUCGCUACAUUAAGAACAAAAAUGUAAAAUAUUUUAAUCUUGUUUUAAUACCAUCUAUUCCAGAACAUAAUAUUAUUGAAAGUAUUAUACCUAUAUUUUGGGAGAAAAAGAUAAAAAAUAAAUUAAAUUUAAAUACACAAUCUAAAAUAACAAUUUCAAAUUUUCUAAAUAAUAUAGAAAUUAAAUUUAAUUAUCUUGAUAAUUUUUUUUUAAAAAUAUGGAAAAAUAAUAACGAAUUAAUUGAUUUAGAUGUCUAUUUUACUUUUAAAAAGAAACUAGGAAUUGGGGGAUUUGGUGAAGUAUGGAAAGUAUCACUUAAAAAUGAAGAGUUUUAUAGUUCUUUUUUUUUUUUUAGUAUAAAAAAUACUUCAAAUUUCGCUUUAAAAAUAAUGGACAUGAAUGAAUUUAAUUUAAAUGAAUCUCUUAUCAUGAGAGAAAAAGCACAUAUUAAUGUAAUACAAAUUUAUUGUGUUUUUAAAGGUUAUCAAAUAUUAAUAAAUAGACAACACGAAAAAGAAAAAAAAGAAUCUCUUUGUUUUCUUUUAGAGCUAGCUGAUACAUCAUUAGAGAAAGUGUUCUGUGAUAAUAGCAUAAUAUAUAAUUUAAAUUUUAUAAGAAUAACUCUUUUAGAAAUAGCCAAUGUAAUGUCGCAUAUUCAUAAGCCAAAUAUUAAGCAGGAAUUUUACAUUUAUCGAGAUUUAAAACCAGAUAAUAUUCUGAUAAAGAAUAAUAAAAUAUUAAUAACUGAUUUUAAUUUAUCAAGAAAGGUAGAUCAAAAUUUUGAAUAUUUAAUGAGUCAGUGUUGUGGAACAAUAGGACAUUUAGCACCUGAACAGAAAAGUGUAGCUUAUGAUAAGAAUGUUGAUAUUUGGGCUUUUUCAAUUAUUAUAUCAAAAUUUUUAAAACAUCAAAAUUUUCAUUAUUUUUCUCAUCACAAUUAUAAUAUUAAUUUAAAUCAUUUUCAUAUUCAAGAUAAAUUUUUAAUAAAUCUACUUUUAGCCUGUAUUGAUGAUAAUCCUUUUAUGAGACCUACUUUUGAUGAAAUAACUAAAUUAUUAAUCAAUGAAAUAAUUAGAAAUGAAUUGGAAAAUUACUUUAGAUCCAAAAUUAUUAACACAUUUAAAGAAAAAUAA